UGAUUCGAAAAAUAUUAUAUGCAAUUAUAUAAGAUGUGGGGUUUGGAAGUUCUGCUUCAUGAUGAAUGCAUAGUAUACAACUAAUGAGUAUUGGCAUCGGUUAUGGAUAAAACACUCGGUAUCCAUCGUAUAGAUACAAUUUUAGUGGUUGCUGCACUGACUCAAUCUAUAUUGGGAUCCAGCGAUUUAUAUUCUCUGUAUUUUCACGAGGAAUUCAUGUUGAAAGAUGUGAUCUUAUUCGUCAAUAGUAAUCGAAGUUGUGGAUUUAUUUUACAUGAUCUCCCAUCGCUCAUCCUUCAAGAUAAUUCGAGGUUGAUAGACUCCAAGGAGACCUGUGUGCUUUUUGCUACUUUUGAACAUCUGCCAUUCAACAAGACAGUUUUGAUUAAUCGUGUGACUUUCAUUACCGAAGGAAUGAAAUACAAUUUUGAUACAAAGAGCAAUUCUUGUUAUGGCAAAAAAGUCUUGGAAAGGGUUGAACUUUUUCUUUCAUGUCAUCUCAAAACAGCAUCUAAUGGAAAAACAUGUGUUGAUGGAAGGGAUUGUAAUAGUGAAAACACGUUAUGCAACAGGCUAUCCAAGGACGAAAAUAAAACAGGGCUUUGUAUGGAACGUCGCGAUCUUUUUGGAUCCUGUGACACUGAUAUGCAGUGUAAAUCGACCACAGAAUGUAAAUAUAUUGGAGGGAGAGGGGUCUGCUACUGCCCGGAAAGAUCGGAAAUCAUUAAUGGAACAUGUUUAAAAGUUGGGAUGUCUUUGAAUGAACCAUGUUCUCACGACCGUCAGUCUGGUACUACAAACGCCGGGAGGUGUCAACAGAACAAACAGAGUCCUGGCGGCCGUUUCACUAAGCGAUCGUAGAUCGUAAACGUACGAUUACGUUUAAGAUCAUUUGACUCGCACGUAUACGAGAGUUUCACGAAACCUAACGUAGUCGUAACACUUACGAUUGCGAUUUACGUCUGACUUUUUAGAACUCUUUUCUCUAUGGAGGUAGAUUUAAAAUUAAUCCUACCAUGGAAAGAAAUAUUCAUUCAUUAUUUCUUCAUGGUUUUAAACAUAUCCUUAUCGUCUGUAGUAACCCAUGCAAGUUGUCAACAAAAAUAAUGGAAAUUUUGAGCCCGAUCUCUAGUGUAACGUAAAGAAAAUUCCUAGAAUGUUUAAACAAUUGAUAGAAUAUUUUUUUAUUGACUUUCAUGUAACUAAAAUUGGGUUGGGGGGGGGGGGGGGGGGGUGAUAUAAGAAAUAACAUAAAAAAAUUACAUUUUAGAAUUUUAAAUGCCAUGUAUCGAUCUGCUGAUGCGAGCCAAAUUUCCAUCAAUAAGUAAACUAUCUUCAACGGAUUAAAAAAAUGAAUAAGAAAAUGAAAUUAUAUUGAUAAAAGGAAAUAAUAAAAUGAAAAUAAAAUUGCACACAAGUAUAGGAAAUUUUACCCUGCAUCAAACCAUGGAUAUGUACGUACUCCGGCGUUUAAUCAUUGUUGUAAAAUAAGCUGUAACACUAAUGACAUAUCUAUUCACUUAUUUGUAUAAAUUUCAAACAAAUA